AUGGAGGACUCAAGAACUAGUGACAUUUCCAAAACAACAUUGGAUUUGGUUGAUUUAUCGACAAACGAAAAUGAUGCAUCAGCUCCACCGGCAGUUGACGAUGACUCUUUACAUCCAACUGGAACUCGAGGAUUUUGUGUGAAAGAAUAUGAAGAACAAAUGCAAUUGCUAAAGAAAGAAAAUUUCAAUCUUAAGCUUCGUUUAUACUUUCUGGAAGAAAAAAAUCCAAACAUUCCGGAAGGAGCUGAAACUUUAUACAAACAAAAUAUCGAUUUGAAGGUCGAAGUUGAUAGUUUGGAAAAAGAUGUGCAAGAGAAACAAGACUUGUUAUGUCAAGCAUCGAAGGCUUUGGAAUUGCUUGACGUACAAAAGUCAAAUGAUUUGAAGCAUUCUCAAAUGAAAAUCGAUGAAUUGAAUCAAAAAGUUGAAUCCUUGGAGCAUGAAGUUUCUUCACUUCAAGAUGCACUCAGCAAUGCUAAUAAACCGAAUCUUGGGAAUGACACUGGCUACGCUGACUUUCUUGGAGCAAUCGACAAUAGAGACAUCGAACUUCAACGUAAAAUGGUCGAGAUAAGAGACGUUGAAAAGAAAUUUUUAGAGCAGAUUAGUGACAUGAAUGUGAAAGUUAAAGAGCUUCAAGAUCAGAAAAAAGUUAUCGAGGAAAGAGCUUCAAAUUUGGAUUACGAUAAUAGUGAAAUGAAGGACAAAUUGUCACAAGUUGAAGCGACAAUGACUCAACAGGUCGGUUUUUAA